AUGAAGAAACAAACGCUGUCAUGUAAUGAUGGUGUUCCACAGAAGAAAUACGACGAGGUGGCACCUCCCAGUGUAGACAAACGGGAUGUUCCAAACUGCCCUGGUCUCUGUGACCCUCUCUUCGGUACCUUCCCUCUGACUGGACGUGGGGAGCAGAAGGAUGGAGCACUGUGGACCCUUGUCAAAGACCGAGCCUGUUCAGGGAAGAGGCCAGUGAGCUGCAGUCUGACCAUCAUAGCUGCCAAGCGCCUGGACCUGUUGCUGCGAGAUUGGCAGCUCUCUGGAGCCUACGGCGCGGACGCGGGGCAGGAGUAUCUUGGAGAAAUCACACAGGAGCUGGAGGUCUCUGCUGAGCAGCCCCUGGUGUUGGAAGCCCUGAGGGCGAGCGGCACCCGGUGCUCUCUAUUGCCCCACCCUGGCACUCAGUUCACCAGGAGCAGGGCAGGGACACCAGAUGACAUGGACGAGGAUUUCCGGCAGUGCCUGUGUGAGUACGUCACCAGUGUGGUGCACUCAGCAGGGACACACGUCCAAGCCGGGCAGGUGCUAACGGGGGCUCAGCUGGCUGCCAGGAUCAAGGGCGUCUCCCGAUAUUGGAAGACCCAACGCUACGACUUCUCCUCACCCAUGAAGAUGGCUGAGGCGUUUGCAGUGAUGAGACAGGAGUUAAACAGGAGAGCAGUAGAAGCCACCAGGAGGGAAUAUGACCAAUUUGUGCAGGAGCUGGUGAGUGCAGAGGGGCUGCGGAUUGGGAGUGAGGGGCACCAGCAUCCCUGGGGGGAGGCAAGGCUGAGCCCCAGCAGCUCAGGCCGCUCCCCAUCCGACAGCAGCAGCGCCUGCGACUCGGACAGCAGCCUGGCCGACGGACGCUUCUGCUUUGCUCUAGCGUCCGCCAGGGACUCCGAGGACGACGAGGAGAAAGAAGAACGGGUAGACUUGAUAACAGAGGAGGCUGCUCUCAUGAACAUCCGAGAGCAGCUCCAUGCCCGAGAAAAGGACGAGGUGCAGCAGCUCGUGUUCCUGCACGCCAUCUACCCCGCGUGCCUCGCUGCCCAGCAGAGAGGGGACUACACAUUGGAGCCACACUGCUCGAAGGCGGCUGUGGCGGAGAGGAUUGUGGAGCUCAUUGAGGAGCUUCCUCCUAACUCUCUACCCGGCGCCGUCCUGGCCAACUCCCUCAUUGCUGUGGCCAACCUCAGCACCAUGACACCUGCCCUGGAGCCGGAGCUGGAGACCCACCUCCUCCGAGCCACCCUGCACGCAGUCUUCACCCUGGGCACGCAGACGGACACCAACCAAGUCCAGGAUCUGCAUAGGGUCAUACCAGACCUUCUGGACGCCAUGCUGGGGAACCUGCUGGCAAAGACCCCAGACACGGACAAGCUCCACUACAUCUUGGAGCACAUUAACUACUGGACCGUGUCCAGGGUGCCACGAGAGAGAGCCAAGGCCAUCAGGAGCAGCGCGGCCCUGCUCACGUCCGUCAUCACCCUCCCUGACUUUGACGUAAGUGGCCUCUGA